AUGGAUCCAUCCACAGGACGCAAGGUCCCACAUAAGAAAGCCAACGAAGCAUACCUCGUGCACCAACGCUGGCUUGAGAAGCAAGCGCGGAUCGAGAAACGCAAACAAUAUCGGCGUGAAAACCGCCCUCUAUCCCCGGAACUUCAGGAAGAUGAGAAACCUGACUUCUCACCGCUCGCUAACUUUCUGUUCAGCAUGGUCCUUGCGGCCCUUUUUUCCAUCGUCAUUUUCCUGUUAUCAGGACUUUUUAUCCAAGGGGAUCCACUCUGGGGAUACCGUGGCAAAUGGACUAACUGGCAUCGCUAUAUUCCGCGACCCAUGGUCGAAUUCACGCCAGAGAUCUUGAGCGGGUUCGACGGAUCUAAUCCCAAACUUCCUGUCCUGGUGUUCUUCCUUAACCUAAGCUAUCUAUCCGUGGGACUGUAUUUGAUGUCUCCGAAGGCUAUCUGUAUUAUGGACCUGGCGGACCCUACCAUAUGUUCGCGGGCAGAGACGCUUCUCGGGCCUAUGUUACUGGCUGUUUUGAAACGCACCUGA